AGUUUUGUUGUUGCUGUGUUAUGAUCCAGAAAAGAGCUGGAAGGGCUGAGGAGUGAUGACAGCAUUAGUAGCAGAGGAGUUGUAAAGUGAAUUUUGUCUGUAAAGUAAUGUGUAAACUAAAGUUUUCUGCUGAUUUCAAGAGCUGUGGUGCUUUUCUUUCUGUAAGCUGUGAACGGGCACAUCCAGCUCCCCACAGAGCCUGAGGCCAGUGUAAAUUACCACCGCUUCCACAGGGACAGGGACACAGGGGAAAUCGGAAGUUUAGAAAUCCGUGUAUUUUUGUUGCCAGUUGAUCUCCCCUUUGUUUGUCAGCGUGGAUGGAGAUCGGUGUGCUCAGUAAGUGAGAUGGCCAUCUGAGAGCAGAGGGGGAGAGCAGCGUGAAGUGGAAAACCUGAGGGGCUUUGCGAAGCGCUCUCCUUUCACCUCCCCCGCUGUCUCCACCCUCGGCGCCUUGCGGCUCCUCCUGGAAAGCGGCGAUGCUGAAGUCUGCCAGGACCGGAGCAGCACAGUCCCGUGCAGAGCUUGAGCCAGCUGGCGGUGCAGCAGGGGCUCUGCCUUCCCUCCCGCCUCCUCCUCCUCUGCAGAGGGGAAGCACCCAUCGCCACAUGCUGCGUUUUCAUGAAUGCCUCAAGCCAGCUGUGGAAAACCAGCUUUUUAACCUGUGCAAAUGAAAUGGAGUCUGAGGAGGAUCUACCUGUCUGGUAACUGACGUUACAGAGACGGACAGUCCGGGUGCUGUAGGGUGAGUGGAAGACAAGGCGGCAAUGGGACUGUGACUCUAUGGCGAAUGUGCCGCAGGGCUACGCGCCAUCCACGCUCUGCUCCGCGCAGCGGUUUGCAGGGAGCCAUGGGGAGCACGUGCUGAGACCGAGCGCCUGGCAGAAGCACCACCCGGCUGGUGAACAUGGAGAAUGGCACGGGGGACGAGCAAAACCAAACCGGACUGCUGGUAACGAGCCAAGAGAUUGUCACAGCCGAAUACCAAGUGGUUACCAUUCUCCUGGUCCUUGUCAUCUGUGGACUGGGCAUCGUGGGCAACAUCAUGGUGGUUUUGGUGGUCCUCAGAACCAAACACAUGCGAACUCCCACUAACUGCUAUCUGGUGAGUUUGGCUGUGGCAGAUCUCAUGGUGCUGGUGGCUGCAGGACUGCCCAAUAUCACAGAAAGCCUGUAUGGAUCCUGGGUGUAUGGCUAUGUGGGAUGUCUCUGUAUUACUUAUCUCCAGUACCUAGGGAUCAAUGCUUCUUCUUUUUCCAUCACUGCCUUCACCAUCGAGAGAUACAUAGCCAUCUGUCACCCAAUCAAAGCUCAAUUCCUAUGCACUUUUUCGAGAGCCAAAAAGAUCAUUAUUUUUGUCUGGGCUUUCACCUCCAUAUACUGUAUGCUCUGGUUUUUCCUGCUAGACCUCAAUACAGUAGUCUACAAAGACACUACUGUUGUGUCCUGUGGCUACAAGGUGUCCAGGAGCUAUUAUUCUCCUAUCUAUAUGAUGGAUUUCGGUAUAUUUUAUGUUGUGCCAAUGGUACUGGCAACUGUCCUCUAUGGGCUGAUUGCUAGAAUACUGUUCCUGAACCCUAUCCCUUCGGAUCCGAAAGAAAACUCUAAGACGUGGAGGAAUGACUUGGCUCCCCAAAACAAGGCUGUGAAUUCCAAGAUGACUAACAGAAGUUUCAAUAGCACUAUUGCUUCUAGAAGGCAGGUUACCAAGAUGUUGGCUGUGGUGGUAAUCCUAUUUGCAUUUCUGUGGAUGCCCUACCGAACACUUGUUGUUGUAAAUUCCUUUCUCUCCAGUCCCUUCCAAGAAAAUUGGUUCCUGUUAUUUUGUAGAAUCUGUAUUUAUUUAAAUAGUGCCAUCAAUCCUGUAAUUUACAAUCUCAUGUCCCAGAAAUUCAGAGCAGCCUUCAGAAAACUCUGCAACUGCCAGCAGAAACGGGACAAGAAACCUGCCAGUUACAGCGUGGCCCUAAAUUACAAUGUCAUCAAAGAGUCUGAUCGCUUCAGCACUGAACUAGAGGAUAUUACUGUCACCAAUACCUAUCUGUCCUCUGCAAAAAUGUCCCUCAGUGAUACAUGUUUGUCCUCUGAGGUAACAAUUUACACAUUUUAAUAUUUGGUGUGUAUUUCUCAAGAUCCAGGGCAUGUUCAUUUGCUCCCGGUUGUUCACGCUUCCAGCUGCGGCAGCACGGUGAAUGACUGGGGAAGGCUAGCGGUGCCUGUGGAUGCACCGCCAAAUGGGGCAAGGUCACUGCUCUGUGCAGAGGGAGAAUUACCCCACCACAGAAAGUGAUGCUCUCAAAGUGUCUUGCGCUGGGCAGGAUAUGACCUGCAGGAGCUGGGAUAUGGGGAAAGCUGAGGAGAAAGACCUGGGUUAAGCCUUAUUCCCUGAAGAGCAAUGGUGGGGCACCUGUGCUUGGUGCUCAGACACUGUGCUUCACUGGGAGCUCGGUGACUCCUCCUGGGCCUGUUCUCACUGUCUGCAGGAAGGAAAUGGGCCAUUUUCUUGAGUGUCACCCCAGCACCCCCCUGACUCCUACUCAGCAUUCACUAGCCUGGUGCCACCAAGCAGAUGGCACCAACGGAAGGUACCAAGCUCCCACACACCAUCCCUGCUUCAGACCCAUUCCUGUUCUGCAGGGAUUGUGCCAGUGUGUAGCCCAUCUCUCUAGCCCACCUCUCUUCUAGAUAAUGAUGCAUGUCACUGUUUUCAUGCUGCUUUUUAUGCAGUGCUACUUAAAUACUGUUCAUAAGCCUGUACACCUUAGAUCUUACAGUAUGGAUGAUGCACAGAGAGACUUACAUUUUUC